CAUUUAAAUUGUCGUAUGAUUUAUAAUAUUAGUAGGUACAUAAUGAGAAAAUUUCUUUCAAAAAAUACAAAAAUAUAAGAUGUCUAUCUAUAGAAUUGUUACAGUGUCUAGAAUAAUAUUGCAAUGCAAUCGCUCUAGUUCUGUAUUAGCUUUAAAGUAUCAGGAUAUCAAUAAAAGCAGCUUCACGGCCGAAAGAUUAAAACACACAAAAGCCAUAAAAAGUGAGAGUGCAAAAUUUAGAACCUACAUUGUUCAACGAUAUAUUGACUAUGUCAAAAACUAUACGAAGGUACUCGAAACCAGAUUUCCUUCAGCUAUGAGAAUGUACAGAGUAUUUAGUAUUGGCAUAAAGGACUUCCUCAGAGAUCUUAAAGCAUAUAUAUCUUUAAGGAUCAAAUUUGCAAGGGAUCAAGGAUUUUCAAAUAUGAGUCGUCAAGACAUUGAACUUUAUGAGAAGAUGCCUUCUGAUAUGUGGAAAAUAACACCUGUUUUAGUUUUAUCUGCAAUUCCUUUUGGAAACUAUAUAAUCUUCCCAUUAGCAUUUUUGAGGCCUAGAAAACUUUUAAGCUCCCAUUUUUGGUCAAUACAACAACGAGUAGAAUUCUCUGUCCAAGAUUUGCGGGAACGCUUGAAAUAUAACCGUUCAGUAUUCAGAGCUCUACAAGAUAAAUUGGAUUUGAUUCCAGACGGUAAAAUAAAAGAGAAAUGGGAGAGAAUUAUUGCUUUACUAGGAUCUGGAGUGCAUCCUACAGCAAAUGAUAUUAUAGAAUGUAAAGAACUAUUUAUGAAGGAGCCAUAUCAUUUAGCACAAUUGUCUUAUGCACAUGUGGGGCAUCUUUUAAAAAUGCAUGGUUUAAGAAAAAGUGUAUUUAGAAGGCGAAAACUAAAAUACAGAGCAUUCAUUUUAUUGGAAAUGGAUAAGGCAAUUAUAAGAGAAGGCGGUGUCGACACAUUGGGAUCAGACACUUUAAGAAAUGCAUGUCACAUUCGUGGUUUAAAUGGUAGCCAUUUAACAAAUCAAAAUAUGCGGGACUGGCUUCAGCAAUGGUUACAAGUAUCACAAAAUAUUGACUCAAAUUCAUACUCUUUACUUUUACAUUGUCCAAUACUGUUUGCUUAUAAUCAUCCACAAAAUUGGGUUUUGAUUUAUUAAAAUUUUACAUAAAAAAAUUAAGAUAUCCUAAAUUGAUGUUAUGUGUAAUCACUACACUGUUAUAUGUGCACAUUUACGAUUUGUACUUUUACAGGUUAAAAGAAAAUAUUUUUAUAUGUUCUUAAUGCUUAUAUUUGUAUAUAUAACUAUUGUUUGAUAAAAAAAAAAUAUACUUAUAUGUAUCUUUGUCAACAAAGCUAUUAUAUAAAAGUAUUAAAGCUAUUAUAAAAAGAUACAUGCAUAAAUGUCAGUAUUCACAAUUAUGUUUCCAUCCUCUUUACUCUCUCAUUUAGCUCAAUUACUUAUUUUGGUAUUGUAGGAUAUAUAUAAUAAUAUAAUUAUAAUUGCUUAAUAUUUAUUCCUAAAGAUAGCUUUAUUUUUGCUUUUGUUUAAGUUAAAAGUUUCUACUUUUUGGAAAAUAUUGUUGGAAUGUUAUAUUUGAAAGCUUAUGUCUAUUAAAUUACUUUUGUUACAUAAACGCGUUUUUAAUAACGGUUUUUGAUUGCUUGAUUAUUUCGAAUAUUUAAUCUUACCACAACUUGGUUGUGCUGCGCACAGGCUGUUUGUACUAUAUCGUUUUUUAAAAAUUAGAAUAUAAGG